AUGGAUCCCAAAGACUCAUCGAAGCAGCCACAGUAUGUUUCCAGGCUCCCCCAGGAACGCUCUCUCCCACUGUCUCAUGAAACUGAUGCAGCAGCAGCAGCAGAAAGUAGCGAUCUUGUGCCUGCCGCAGCCUCAGAGAGGCACGGGGGAUUACAGGUGGUGGCAGCGGAGAAGGAUGAGCAGAGGAAGCAGCUUGCGCCCAAGAGGAGCUCCAACAAGGACAGGCAUACGAAGGUUGAAGGCAGGGGGAGGAGGAUCAGGAUGCCGGCCCUCUGCGCCGCCAGGAUCUUCCAGCUCACCAGAGAAUUAGGCUACAAGUCCGAUGGGGAGACCAUCCGGUGGCUCCUCCAGCAGGCGGAGCCCGCCAUCAUCGCGGCCACCGGCACGGGCACCAUCCCGGCGUCGGCCCUUGCCUCCGCAGCCGCGGCUGGCCCCACCGGUGCCACCGUCUCCGCAGGCCUCCAUCCCAAGUUCGAUGAGCUCGGACCCCGGCCUAACCGGGCCAUGCUGGGGCCUGCUAGCUUUGGCCGGCCCCUCCACGGUCUUUUGCUGCCGCCUGGUGUGCUUGACUCCGGAUUCCUGCAACCUGGUUCGGCCGCCGCUGCAAGUUCCAGUGCGGGCGGCGGCGACACAUCGGUGAGCAGCUUGAUGCAGAGGAUGGGGAUUUUGCACGGGCUGGACUUGCCCGACGGCAACACAGGUCCGAUGAGCUUCGCGUCACUGCUGGCCGGACAUGGACAGCAACUGCCGGGACUGGAACUUGGGCUAUCACAGGAUGCCCAUUCUGGUGCGCUGAAUCCUCAGGCCUUGAACCAAUUCUAUUCGCAGAUUGGGCAUGUCAUGGGUGCAGCUGGUUCAGCUGGGAGUGGGCAAUUGCAACACCAGCAGCAACAACAAGUCUUUUCUGCGGAAGACGAUUCACAGGAGUCAGAGUAA